CCCCCAGCGCAGACCCACCCAACCCAACAACGCACCCCAAACGAAUCGCCCCUCGAUUGUUCGCUCCCGAGCACCGACCCAACCCUAGAUCUCGCAGCAGCAGCGCGAAGCCGACGCCAUGGCCAAGCCCUGGGGCGGCGUCGGCGCCUGGGCGCUCGACGCUGAGCGCGAGGACGAGGAGCGCGAGCACGCCGCCGCCUUCCCCGCGCCCGACCCGCCCGCCGCCGCGGGCGGCGCCGCCAGCUUCCCCAGCCUCAAGGAGGCCGUCGUCGCCGGCGGCGGCAAGCAGAAGAAGAAGAAGGGCACCACCCUCUCGCUCUCCGAGUUCACCACCUACGGCGCGGCCGGCGCGCCUCGCCGCGUCGCCCCCGCCGAGCCCAAGGGCCUCACCCCGCAGGAGAUGAUGAUGCUCCCCACCGGCCCGAGGGAGCGCUCGGAGGACGAGCUGGACCGAUCCCGCGGGUUCCGCUCCUAUGGCGGCGACAGGGAGCCGCGCAGUGGCGGAUUCGACGACGACCGCCGCUCCAGCAGGGAUUCGGAUCUCGAUAUGCCCUCGCGUGCCGACGAGUCGGACAACUGGGGUAAGAAUAAGAGUUUCUCGCCGGCUCCUACCGACUCUGGCCGGCGUGAUAGGCUCAGUGGCUCGUCUCCGCUCGGCCGCUCUGAUGACAUCGACAACUGGUCGCGCGACAAGAAGCCACUCCCGUCGCGCUACCCCAGCCUUGGAACCGGUGGCGGUUUCCGUGAAUCAUCUGGCGGUGGUUUCCGUGAAUCAUCUGGCGGUGGUUUCCGCGAACCAUCUGGUGGUGGUUUCCGUGAAUCAUCUGGUGGCGGUUUCCGUGACUCACCGGGGCCAUCUGACUCUGAUCGCUGGGUCCGUGGUGCUGUCCCUGCCCCUAUGACCAACAAUGGUGAUAGGCCGCGCCUCAACCUCAAUCCACCAAAGCGUGAUCCCUCAGCCACCCCUGUGCCAGCUGCUGAGGUCGCACGCAGCAGACCAAGCCCCUUCGGGGCUGCUAAGCCCCGUGAGGAGGUGCUGGCUGAGAAGGGCCUUGAUUGGAGGAAGAUGGAGGGGGAGAUUGAGAAGAAAACCAGUCGGCCUACUAGCUCGCACUCCAGUAGGCCGAACAGCGCACAUUCCUCCCGCCCUGGAAGCCCUGGAUCACAGGUCUCCGCAGUUGGGAGUGAGGGAGCACCAAGAGCACGGCCAAAGGUAAAUCCAUUCGGUGAUGCCAAGCCACGGGAAGUGGUGCUGCAGGAGAAAGGAAAAGACUGGAGGAAAAUUGACCUUGAGCUGGAGCAUCGGGCAGUUAAUAGGCCGGAGUCAGAAGAAGAGAAGAAUUUGAAAGAAGAAAUCAACCUUCUCAAGGUGGACUUGAAGGAAAUUGAGGCCAUUGCAGGUGAUGGUUCUGAGCAAGCAAAAGAAGUGUCUGAGAAGAUAUCUCAGAUGGAAAAGCAGCUUGAUCUGCUUACAGUUGAGUUGGAUGACAAAAUUCGAUUUGGGCAAAGACCUAGUUCUGGAGCUGGAAGGGCUGCAGCAUUUCCAUCCGCUAGUGAGGAACCACAUGUUGCAGUGGCCCACAUGGACAGACCGCGUUCCCGUGGUGGUGUGGAAACAUAUCCGAAACCAGUUGAAGAAAGGUGGGGAUUUCAUGGUAGCAGGGAAAGAGGCUCUUUUGGUGGAGGCGGAAGUUCAGACAGGUCAUCAACAAGGCAGGGAUGGUGAAGAGGAGUUUGAAGAAUCAACUGUCAAGGAAACUUCUGAUCGCUGUCGUUUUGGGGGUUUUGAAAGUGGGAAAGAAUAAGUCAUUUAAUUUUUGUUGUGCUUGACUCUCAUUUUGUUCGAGGUAGAAGAUUGGAGUUAAUCUUUGUCAACAAAGGUUUACUCCGCGUGAAGCUAUUGGUUACCACCUUUGCUGUAGGUUUCUUUUUGCUUCUUUCUUUUGCCAUUUCGUGUCAAAACAAAACUUGUCAAAAAAUUAUGCUAACUGACUAUUGCUCUUGAGUCAUGGAUCCUUGUGUUCA